CGCAGACAGAAAUUCGAUCAGUUUUGCUAACUUGGGGGUGGAGCCACACUGUUUUCGCCUUGCUUAACUAUUCGCGUUCUAGCGCUUCUCAUCCGUCAACUUAUUUGCCUAUUCCCCCCUUCGUCGCGUCCUUUCCGCUGCCUUCUCACGGUCCUGUCCUCGUUUGAGUCCGCUGUGGGUUCUACAAAGUGAGCUUUCUUGUGAGUGCAUUGGCUUUGUCUAUCGACUGCUUGAAAUAGGGUUGAUGGAGUGCAGGACUGCCGAUUGAGUACAUCGUAUCAUUUCCAUCAGUGUUUUUCCUUUGGGAUCUCUAGGUUUCCGGUACGGUUUCUUUGUAAUCCGUUUUGUGGAAGUUUUCGGGUGUGUACUGGAGACCAUCCUUGAUAGUUCUUAUUGUGGAUUUUAUGCAAACGGGCCGUGAUUGGGGCUCAAUUCAAGCUGUUAUCAAUUAGCUUACACGUAAUUCGGAAAUAAAGUACGCAUCCUAGUGCUGAUCUUCAUCAGUGACCCUGAUGGAUGGUGUUGGUAGAUGCUAAAGUUUAAAUGUAGAGAGGCAGUCAUGGAAAUGGAGACAGGAUGAGAAGCCCGUGGCGCAGGGAUUGAAGAUACUUGUCAUUGCUAUUGUUGUUGAGGCGGCUUUCUUUUCGCCCACACGAUGGAUGUGCUAACGCAGAUACUAAACCCUUUGCUAAUCAACCAACGGGCGUCAACACAAUCGAAAUUAUGACUGGAAUGUUUUACCAACUGACCAAAGGAGAGCUGGGUGCUGGGAGGGACCAGGGAGCAUGUGUAGCGUGGAGAACACCUGUAGCUCGUGAAUCUUUUCCGCGUGACCUUGUCGGAUUACCUCGUCACUUUACACGACGGCACUCCCUCAAGCUUCCGAGGAAAAUUCUAAUCGGUCUCACAAGCUCGCCGAAUCGGCUAGAGCAUGGGAAGAUUGAAAACUUGGCCAUUCGAUCACAAAGGCUUGAUUCUGAUGGUGUCGGUGCCAUGAUUACGAACCGAGAUGAAAAGAAUCAUUUGAGUGAAUUUUCAGAUGCUCUGCAGACUGUUGCAAAGGCCCUGGAGGAUGUGGCUGUGAAAAAGGCUCUAGCUCAAGAUGAGGCUGCACAAUGGAAGCAUAAGUAUGAACUAGAGCUCCUUCGAAAUUCCCAACUCGAGCGUAGUAUUGCAUCAAGAGCUCUCGACUCUUCACGGCAGGAUAAUCUUUCAGUCACAUCCGUCAUAUCUGAGGGCGAUAUUGAUGCUACCGAGUUUAGAUCAUCACCACAGAAUACACAAACUCGGUCAAACGGUUAUCUUCAAUAUAAAGAAACCAUUCAAAACUCGAAAGUGUUGAGCUAUAGUCCUGAUCUUUUCAACAACUUAUACUUGGAUACACAGCUGGACAGUAAAAUUUCUGAGAAGGCAUCAUUUACACUCACAUUGGAUCCUGUUGAUGAGAGAAGAAAAGAACAAAACCAUGAUUUAGUGUCGUUUGAUGAUGGUGACAUCAAUGCAGAAGUCCGAAGCAAUAAACAGAUUGCUUUGGUCUGGAAUUCUUCACCCGCAUCAGUGUUCAUCCUUUUGAAGCCGAACGCAGCAGCCGUGCAGCAGCUUUGCGAAGAGAUGGUGUGGUGGCUCAGAGAACAAAAUGUUACAAAAAUCUACGUGGAGCCAAGAGUGAAGGCAGAACUGAUGGAGGAGAAUGCCGAUUUUGAGUUUAUUCAGACAUGUGAGACAGAGAAACAACUGGUGACAAUCAACAAGAGCGUGGAUCUAGUCAUCACCUUGGGUGGUGAUGGAACAAUGCUUUGGGCUGCGUCACUGUUCAAAGGUCCUAUGCCUCCACUGGUGGCCUUCUCCAUGGGCUCUCUAGGCUUCAUGACGAAAUUCCAAAGCAGUAUGUACAGAGAAAGUUUACAAGCAAUAAUGAAAGGUCCGGCAUAUAUCACUUUGCGACAUCGACUUCAUUGUCAGAUCAUCCGGCACGAUCGUGAGACAGAUGACAACACCAGCUCGGAAUCUGCCGAAUAUCUUGUCCUCAAUGAGGUUUCUAUUGAUAGAGGCAUGUCAUCAGCUCUUUCAAAUUUGGAGUGCUUUUGUGAUGGGCACUUUGUUACCAUUGUGCAAGGUGAUGGUUUAAUCAUAUCAAGUCCAUCAGGAAGUACAGCAUAUUCUUUGGCUGCCGGAGGUUCAGUUGUCCAUCCACAGGUGCCAGGCAUUCUUUUCACACCAAUUUGUCCACAUUCUUUGUCAUUCAGGCCACUGAUUUUGCCAGAUUAUGUAACAUUGCGUGUUCAGUUACCCUUGAACUGCAGGGGUCAGGCAUGGGCCAGUUUCGAUGGUAAGGGGCGACAACAGCUUUGGGGAGGCGAUGCCUUGAUUGUGCGUAUGUCGGAAUGGCCUGUUCCUGCCGUGUGUGAAAAAGAAUCGAGUGGUGAUUUUCUUCGUAGCGUGCGAGAAAGCUUGCAUUGGAACAGAAGAAACAUUCAGUUAGCAGACGAGCGUCCCAGUCCUUCACAUUGAUGAUGAUUGAGUUUAACUGCUAUCCAACCUUUGCAGGCGUAAGACAGUCGAUUCACAUUUCUGACCAGCUAUGUGGUGAACUUCGAAACUCAAGUUGUAUGGAACUUAACGGAUCUGGCCUUUUGAUAUCCUCAGCAUGGCUUUAUUGAAACCUUGAUCUUUCGUUCUGAAAGAUGCACGAUUUAUGAAAUCUUUGCAUGGUCUGCACAACUCA